AUGUUUGGUGCCGCUGCCUGUCUGGAUGCCGGAGCGGUCGGUGUAGAUGCGGCGGGUGCCGGGUAUGCCAAUGAGCCGAAUUUCAUGGUCCACCAUCGCGCUGAUUUUGCUGUUUUCGACGCGAAUUGGCGGCGGCUGCCACCACUAAGCGACAGCGAAGGGGAGGCGGGUUUCGAGGGUAUCGAGGUCGAAUCUGGUGAGGGUGAUUCGUCGAUGGCGAGUUAUAUGGCAGUUCGGAGGUCUACGCUUCGGUGGAAUCAUCUUCGGUCCGUGAGGGCCUGCCAGAUUGGUGCGCUGGCCAGGCGGAUGAUGGUCUGCUGUGUGCCUUUCGCAUGCCGUCGCCACCUGCUUGUCGUUCUACUUCAUCCGCCCCUGGACCCUCGGGGUGUGCCAUACCGACGCGGCACAGGUCAUGAUGGGAGCGACACAGGCGUCGUAGAUGUGACGCCGAUCUGUCACGCUGAGCCCACAGUUGGAGCCCCCGAGGGCGUUGAUGGCCUGGAGGCUUCGCGAGGCGCGCGCGUCGACAUACUCGAGGUGUUUGUCACAUCAGAGAUGCUCAUCGAGAAUAACGCCGGGCAAUCUCGCGGACCUGCUGACUGGCACAACCCGUCCGUUUCCAAGGUCGAGGAUGGUGGGUUCCGAGGGCUGAGUGCUGUGGGGGGCGCUUUGUUGUUGCGGUGGUGCACGAACCGCGGGUUGCCAGUCCGGGUCCUCGCUAUCGUCAUCCUUGCCCGAGUUCAGGUUAUAGCCAGAGGGGGGGCAAAAAAUGCCAAGAGGAGCCCAACGAUCGGGGAGAUAUUACGCCGAUUUUUUUUAGAUCGCCCCUGGGUCAACUAA